GCACCCGAAUAACUGUCCCGGUCGGCUUCUCAUAGCACGACCAACUCAUCGCUCCUCUCCGAUCAUUCAGCAAAUACUUUAGUUUUUGAGGUUUUUACCCGACACCAACAUGCCUUUAAAGUUUGAACUGUGUCCCGGAAGGAUGAUUGGAGGCAACCAUCCGUGUUUUAUUAUCGCUGAAAUCGGACAAAACCACCAGGGAGACAUCGAGAUUGCCAAAAAAAUGAUCAAAAUGGCAAAGGACUGCGGUGCUGAUUGUGCCAAAUUCCAGAAAAGUGAACUGCAGUACAAAUUUAACAAACGUGCCUUAGAACGCCCCUACACGUCCAAACACUCUUGGGGGGCCACUUAUGGAGAUCACAAGCGCCACCUGGAGUUCAGCCAUGAGCAGUACAAGGAGUUGCAGAAAUAUGCAAAGGACGUGGGAAUCUUCUUCACCGCCUCAGGAAUGGAUGAGAUGGCAGUAGAGUUUCUCCAUGAGCUAAAUGUGCCUUUCUUUAAAGUGGGCUCAGGAGACACCAACAACUUCCCGUAUCUGGAGAAGACGGCAAAGAAAGGACGUCCCAUGGUGGUUUCCAGUGGGAUGCAGUCCAUGGAGACGAUGCGUCGGGUGUACAAGACGGUGAAAGAGCACAACCAAAACUUUGCCAUUCUGCAGUGUACCAGCGCCUACCCUCUUGAGUCUGAGGAUGUCAACCUCAGAGUGAUCACUGAAUACAUGAAGGAAUUCCCAGAUAUUCCAAUUGGAUAUUCUGGCCACGAGUCUGGAAUCAGUAUUUCAGUGGCAGCUGUUGCUUUGGGGGCAAAAGUCAUCGAGCGCCACGUGACACUGGACAAGACGUGGAAAGGAAGUGACCAUGAGGCAUCGCUGGAGCCCUCUGAGCUGGCCGAGCUGGUUCGCUCUGUCCGAGUGGUGGAGAAGGCACUGGGUAGUGGCGUCAAGAGGAUGCUUCCUUGUGAGAAGCCAUGCCAUGACAAGCUGGGGAAGUCUGUGGUGGCCAAGGUGAAGAUCCCCAAAAGAACUGUCCUCACUCUGGACAUGUUGGCGGUGAAGGUGGCUGUGCCAAUGGGUGUAGCUGCUGAGGACAUCUUCCAGCUGAUUGGCAGGGUUGUCACUGAAGACGUGGGAGAAGAUGAGAGUGUCACACCAGAGGUGGUGGACAGCUAUGGGAAGAAGGCCAAAUGCUGAUAGUAUGGAAGUAAAGCACUUAAAUGAUGAGAACAUUAAUCAAAUGGGAAUAAUUUGGUGGGUGAUUUGUUUUCUUGUUUAGUUUCAAUUACCAGGAACAAGAGGAGGGUAAUUGCCCUCAGAGGUGAGACAAAGCCUGCUCGCUUCUGUUCCUAAAAGCAAUCAUGCACUGAUGAAAAAUAAAUCAACAACAUGAUUAUGAGUAAUUAGCAGUCAUGGUCUUAUAAGGUUGAGGGGUCAGCUAAUUAACCACUACAUCAGGGCUAUUCAACUGGCGGCCUGGCGGCCAAAUCCGUCCCAGAAAUGACAUACCAUCCCCCAGGUUCAGUUCAGAAAUUGGAAGAAUUUUUUGCAACAAAUUCCUAAAAACACAAGAGUGCUCCUGUUGUAAUCUACUGGAUCUUUGUAAACAUGUGGGCAGAUCCUUGCAUUGACAUUUUAAUAUUGCUAUCAAACAGAAUACUGGGGUCUAAACUUGGAAUUUACUUAACAGAGGCGUGUUCCUCAAGGCACCUCUUUAAGUCCUCUCCUUUUUGGCAGUUAUACAUUUCUUUCAUAAUGCAAUUAAUGCACAGUACCUAAGGUGUUGCUGUAGCUUGUUUACUUCAGACGCAGUCAGUAGUCAUUUGUUCAACUUCUUUGGUCAUACUUAGACUUAGACUUCCUUUUUAUUGUCAUUCAAAUUUGAACUUUACAGUACAGAUGAGAAUGAAAUUUUGUUGCAUUAGCUCAUGGUAGUGCAGGAUAAAAAAGCAAUAUGGUGCAGGUAUAAAUUAAUAGAUUACUGUAAAGAUAAAUAUAUUGCACUUUUGCAUAUGCAUCCACGUUUAUGGAUGUAUGUUAUAUUGUCUUUAUAUUCCAGCGAGUUAAUCCAUUUUGGGGGGGAAUUGAGGGGAUUAUUAUGAUGCGUUCAAGAGUCUUACGGCCUGAGGGAAGAAGCUGUUACAGAACCUCUUUCUGGAGUCCAGCAGUGAAAACAGUCCUUGGUGGGGGUGGGAGGAGUCUCUGCAGAUUUUCUGAGCCCUGGUCAGGCAGUGGCUUUUUGCGAUCUCCUGGAUAGGAGGAAGAGGAGUCCUGAUGAUCUUUUCCGCCGUCCUCACCACUCUCUGGAGAGACUUCCAGUCUGAGACACUGCAGGCUCCAGUCAGUAGUGUUCCUCAAGGUUCCAGUUUAGAUCCUCAUUUUUUUUCACAAUUUUUUUCAUCAUUUUGGCGAUUCAACUGGUGGCCCAAGAGUUCAGUUCGAAAAACCUGUGAGAGACUCGCAUAUUUGCAGAAGGUCAAUAAAAAGAGCAGCGCGCUUCUGUCACUGACAAAAUAGACAAAAACUAAAUGUCUACUGUAGAGGACAUUGGAUCUCUGGAAUAUACUAAAUAAAUAAAUGGGUUAUA